CAAUUCCGUGGACUGAAGAAGAGUACAUGGUGUCUGUGCCCUCAGUUUUUGCUUGCUUUGGAUUGUUGCCAGAAUAAGGAUUGCUGUGAAGUUUCCAUCGAGUUUGUGGUUGAUCAGAGUAUACCCUCUGAGGUGGUUGACGUUUCGCUGCGACGUAGUUAUCACACCGGGGUCUAGAGGGUUAGUUCAAACAGCAGGAGCUCGCUCAAGGUCACUGAAGUAGUGAUGAAUCUGCUUUGUUGCGCGUUGAGGAGUAACCGAACUCCGACGUCUACAAGUUCCAGCAUUGAAGCGGUAUCCGUUAAUUGCAGGCCUCGUUAAACAUCUGCUCUCUGGAACAUCAUCUUUUGUGUUGAAAACUCCAUCCCCAGUCGUUCCAGCACGAUUGUCGAUAGAAUAAGUAAAAAGAUUCCAAGUUCUGGCUAUUGACAUUCCAGGAGAUUGAUUCUACACGUCUUACUCUAGUUAGACUUCUGUUGACUUCGACACUGUCCACAACCACAGAAUUCGUAGCCUCUCGAAAACAUUGAAUUGUAUCAAACGUCGCUGAACUCCGUAACUAGCUAGACAGCUAGACAAUUGUAUCGGAACUAGCCAGACAGUUUUUUCGGCAUUCUUCAUGGCGGGUUGUUGCUUUUAGCUUGGCGAUGCAAAUAUGGUUCUUGAGGUUCUAUUGCAAUUUCCUCAAGAAAUUUGGAGGAGGAACUAUAGGAGUCUGUUUAUUCUCACGAACGUCAGAUAUUGCAACUCCAUACCUUCAUUCUUUGCACAGCGGGGGGAUGUGACGAUUUGAUCACUCGAAACGUUUCCCAACUUCAUGACAUGGAGGCUGGAAACAGAAACUGGCACCGCUUGUACUUGCUGUUCUGCCUACUAUGUUGUUUCUGAGACGUUGACGGUAGAGCCUCCAAGCCGGCAUGUACAUCUGUGUACCUCGUAUCUUCUCCGUUUCGAAGAACGUGAUGUGCUUCGAUUACUUGGGCUGCACACGGUUCUGGUCUAGCCCGACUUUAAAAGUAAAGAGCAGCUGGUUGCGAAGUACCUAACAGUCAAAAGAUUACUCGAGGAGCAUCCCAUUGAAUCCAGAGAUUAUCAUGUGGUAAACUAACGCCGAGGGAUGUGUCUGAAUGCAAAGGAUGAGAAGGCGGUCGGCAUGUGGUCCAAACCCGCGUCUCGCUCGUCCAGCGAGCCACAUCAUGGGCCUGAUGUUACGUUGCGAUUGAACAAUUUCGACACUUUAGUAGCCUCUUCUUCAGACAGUGAUGUCUCCAGUUUCAAAAUUGUUGAAUGCCCAAGCCAAGGGCGAGAGGAAGCAUCCACUUCUGUGGUAAUUCGAGAAACCAAUCCUGCUUCUCCCAUUCCGAAGUUCUAUACCAUUGAGGAGAAAACUGCUAUGUUAGGUGUUGCAGAAGCAGCAGCUGCCAACACACUCCAGGUUCACGGAAUCCCAAGGUUUCAGCGCCACAUUGAUCAUGACAGAAGCCGCUUGCAUGACUCCUCAAUGCUGCGUACAUCCGGCAAGGAUAGUGAAAAUUGUUUUAGGGCUGAUGCUGAAGAGCACCGAGCAUAUGUCGCUUCCAACUUGGAAAGUUUCGGGGAGAGGAGCCACCCCUUGGAUCUUUUAGGUUCAAGGCUGGAGGCAGAAUUUUCUCGUGGAGCGAACUUGAAGCAAUGGCCAUUGGGAUCUCGGAACGUCGGACAAAGGUGUGGGUCGGGAGAGUUGGAAAGAACACAGAGUGGCCCGAGCGCCUUUUUAGGUUCGGGUUCAUUGGAUACAGAACAAAGGGGUAGUCUGGAACGAACACACAGCGGACCCAGCUUUUCAGGUUCUGGUGACUCAGAGUAUGGUGACGAUCGUGGCCGGGAGCAAAGUAACAGCAAAUUGCCCUCUUCUCAAUUCCGUGGUGUAGUACCACAAUCAAAUGGACGAUGGGGUGCCCAGAUAUACGAGAAACAUCAACGUAUUUGGUUAGGAACAUUCAACACAGAAGAGGAAGCUGCACGCGCGUAUGACACCGCCGCCAUCAAGUUUCGUGGUCGUGAUGCAAUGACUAACUUUCGGCCAGUCACAGACUCGGAAUAUGAAUCCGAGUUCUUGCGCUCCUUCAGCAAAGAACAAAUUGUAGAAAUGUUGAGACGUCAUACGUAUGACGAGGAGCUUGAUCAGUGCAAGAAGGUCUUCAACAUGGAUGCCGCUGCAAAUCCUGUCAGUGCACGACGUCGAGUUCUCGAAAUGUGCAGGUCAUCUAACCCAGGGACUAGACUAUCUGUUGGAUCUUUUAGCCUGCUCCAAAACACAUUUUCUGCAGACACGUCAACAACUUUAGCUCCACCCAACUUGCCUAGAGACGAGCCAAGAGAAAGCUCGCCCACAAGAGAGCAUUUGUUUGACAAGGCAGUGACUCCUAGUGACGUUGGUAAGCUGAAUAGGCUAGUCAUCCCUAAACAGCAUGCCGAGCGGUGCUUCCCUCUCGAUCUAUCUGCUAAUUCACCUGGACAGACGCUUUCAUUUGAAGAUGUUUCAGGAAAGCAUUGGCGAUUUCGUUACUCAUACUGGAAUAGUAGUCAAAGUUAUGUGCUCACCAAAGGCUGGUCAAGAUUUGUUAAGGAAAAAAAACUAGACGCUGGUGAUAUUGUGUCCUUUGAGCGAGGUCGCAACCAUGAACUCUACAUUGACUUUCGUCGGAAACAGAUUACUGCAGGGGGCACUUCCACAUCUGAUAGAUCCUCAUUUCGAAGUGCAUGGUCUGGACCAUGCAACAACGCUUAUGCACCAUCUAAUGGUCCUGUCAGCCCACUUAACUCUAGGAUGUGGCAGCCGUUCAGCUUUUCCGUUCCCCAUGUUACAGUCACUUCCUCCGGCAUCCAGCCAAGCAGCAUGUAUGGCAGCAUUUACAACCAAAUGAUGCAAUCAGCACGAGGAACAUCUGCGGCAUCUGGUGAUUUAGGGAGUGUACAGGAUUCGGCGAUACCAAGCAUGGCUGGCAGCUGUCUCAACUUGGACUUACAACAUUCGCCUUUAAAAUGUCAUGCGGCUACAGAAGAUUUCAUUCUUCACAUUGAUAGGCCACUACGGCAAUCGGCAGAUAUGGAUGGAGGUUCCAAUAUUCAUGACCGAUCUCUUGUUGCCUCCAGCAGCAGCACAUCAUCACAAAGCGAAGAAGCUCCAAGCACAAGUAGCGGAACAAGACUAUUUGGGGUUGACUUGGAGCGGGCGGCUCCACUAGCGUGCAAAGUCUCCCCUCUUCAGUCAAUUCCCAGUUUUACUUCCUCUGCUUUACAAUCAAAAUUGUCAGAAGGGCAUGAAUCUUCACAAGGAAAUCUUAAAACAAUACAUGAUGGUGGCAAUAUUCCUCCCUCAGCUUCUUUAUCAGCGCUAACUUCUGGAGAAUUCCUUUCAUUUCGACUGGGUAAUGCUUUCAAAUCUUUGCAAUGCAAGCACCCUGUAGAGCAGUCGUCCCCUGAGAAUGGAGGAGCUCCCGUGCGACUCAGCUUACAGGCCAGUACGAGCAGCUCCAGUGGUCACCGGGGUUCCUCGCCACUCAAAAGCACAGCAAUGACGGAAGGAGAGGAUCCCAAAGCAAGGUCUAGCACCGAGAGCGUGGCAUCUGCAUUGGAUUCCAACUCCAGCCGGUCAAGUCCCAUGCUUCUAGAAAAGCGAAAACGCGAGAAUUCAAACCGGGACUACAUGCAAGGAUGCUCGGACCAAGCGGAUGGAGCGGCCAAUGUGCCUCUCACUCUAGCACAUUCAGAAUUUCGGAGCUCGCUAGAGCAAGCUCGUCAUGCGUGGCAUAAACACGAAGAUGAUGCGUCCGCUGAAGUCCAAACAAGCGUCAAGAGACAUUGUUCUCCGAUUCAGGCUUCACUCUUGCGUCAAGGAAGUGGAACUACGGAACAAUCAGACUUCCUGCCAAAGCCAGAUCUGGUGCAGGAAAAACAAAAGCCUCAGUACGAUUCAUCCAAUCUAAGGUGACGAAGGCUUAGACGGCAGUGAGGCUCCCAACCAACAAGUGUUGAACUGCAGGGUGGAAGGGAUCUCACCUUGACCCUUUAUACUACCCUACGCGGAUCUAUCCCUCUGACACAGUUCUAUUGAAUGUUUACUGUAUACGGGCAGAAAGAGUGAUGAAUUUCAAUGCUGCUUUUAUUGUUAAGUUGAACACUGGAACUUGGGUGUUGUCGUUCCCUUGGAGCUGAUUCAAGGAUAGAAUGAUAACGAAGUUAACAAGGGCGACGUGGUUAACAUGCUUGAUGUGCAUGUCAACUGGAAUAUAUAUAUAUAUAUUCUUCAUAUCUCCUAGAGGAAUCCUUUUUCGGAGGUGAUCACAUCGUGCAUAAACCAUCGUACCUUCGAUCCGAGUGGCACAAUAAAGUUCGGUACAUUGUCCAUCUAUGGACCUGGUUCAUUGAAAAAGGCCGUCGAACGUCAGAUCAAAACCCCAGGAUGCUAAACGUUUAGCAGGAUAGGACCUAUGAGAAUUGGGGUUUGUUAAUCCAGCCUCUUAGUUGCCGUUGACGAAACCUGAACUGCAUCGUCACUGUCUCUUCACCUUCGCCUUGGCUUGACAUCGAUCCUUCAUCUUCGACAGGUUGAAAAUGGGAACCAGGAUUUAUUAGCGCAUGUCUUGAGAGUAUUUCCCGGAUUUGCAAUCCAUCUAGAAGUUGCUGCGAGGGCAUAUCCCUGAUACUAGAGAAUUAGGAUUCGUUUUCCAGUUGAGCCAAGUCGUGGAUUCGGAGAGGGGCUUGUAAAUUUCUGAGAUAUUUUUCCCAGGAUAGUUGGAUCUGCGGUCAGAAUGCAUAGGUGACAGGGCUUGCUUUAAUUCCAACAGCUUUAUAUAGAAUCAUUCAUUUUUACUUUCUCAGUGGACAGUUAACAUUGUCGAGGUAGUGGAUUCAUGUCUUUCAUUGUAGAGCCCAGAUAGAGGGCUGUGUAGAUUACAGCGAUCAACCAUCAGCAUUUGUUCUCAUCAUACUAGUGAAAGGAUAUCAGCCGCAUAUUAGACCAUUCGGCCGUUCUCUAAAGUGAGAAGCUGGGCCAGUAAGAGCAUCACUGCGUGUGGUGAAUAGUUUUUACUGCUUCACUUGAACAAUUGAAGCGAUGUUGCUUAUCCAGCAUCCAACAAAGCUCCCUACUCCUAUCA